AUGGUUCGUGAGCAUGGUUUGAAAUUUAUUGGCCCCUCCCCUGAACAUAUUCAGCUGAUGGGUGACAAAAUCACAGCAAAAGAUGCUGUUCAAAAACUUGGUAUCCCUGUAGUGCCUGGUUCUGAUGGCCCUGUUACAGACAUUGAAAGCGCUGUGCAGAUUGCCGAAGAAAUGGGCUACCCUGUGAUCGUAAAAGCAGCCUCUGGCGGUGGUGGGAAAGGCAUGCAAGUCUGUCACAAUACAGAAGAACUGCGUGAAAAAAUUCCUCUUGCACAAACAGAGGCCAAAAUUAACUUUGGCAACGAUCAAGUUUUCGUUGAAAAGUACCUCAUGAAACCACGCCAUAUUGAAAUCCAGGUCUUAGGGGAUUCUUUUGGCAAUGCUGUUCAUUUAGGCGAACGCGACUGUUCUCUACAACGCCGUCAUCAAAAAGUCUGGGAAGAAGCGACCUCUCCUGCUGUUACAGAAGAAAAACGUCACAAGCUCGGCGAAAUCGUCCGUAAAGCGGUUGCUGAAAUGGGCUAUGAGGGCGCCGGGACAUUUGAGUUCCUUUAUGAAAAUGACGAAUUCUAUUUCAUCGAAAUGAACACACGCAUUCAAGUGGAGCAUACGAUUACAGAGAUGGUCACCGAUGUUGACCUUGUUCGAGAGCAAAUUCGUGUUGCUCAAGGCGAAAAGUUGAGCUUUUCUCAAAAAGAUGUUCAAUUCCGUGGCCAUGCCAUCGAAUGCCGCAUUAAUGCGGAACACCCUGAAACAUUUGCCCCCUCUCCAGGAAAGAUUACAGGCUACCACGCUCCUGGUGGAAUCGGCGUUCGCGUUGAUAGCCACCUUUAUGCAGGGUAUUCUAUCCCCCCACAUUACGACAGUAUGAUCUCUAAACUGAUCGUCUUUGCAGACACCCGAGAAAAAUGCAUUCUUCGCCUACGUCGCGCCCUGGAUGAAUAUAUUAUUGAAGGCCCCCAAACGAUUAUUCCUCUACACCAGAAACUGGCACAAAAUCCCGAUGUUAUCGCAGGGAAUUAUGACAUCCACUGGCUAGAAAACUGGCUAAAAGAAGAAGAGGAAAAGAAAGCGAGCGCCGGACAAGCCGCUUAA